CCCGCGGCCGCAGGCACUGACGUGGCUGCCGUCAGAGCCGCCAUCUUGUGGGAGCGAAACCAACGCCUGGCUCGGAGCAGGAGCAUCGCGGCGGACGCCGAGGGUUUCUCUGGCCAGUGUCUCUCCCUCUGGUCUGCAGCAUGGGGAAUAUCUUUGCAAACCUCUUUAAGGGCCUUUUUGGCAAAAAAGAAAUGCGCAUUCUCAUGGUGGGCCUGGACGCUGCGGGGAAGACCACCAUCCUGUACAAACUGAAGCUGGGCGAGAUCGUGACCACCAUCCCCACCAUAGGUUUCAACGUGGAGACUGUGGAGUACAAGAACAUCAGCUUCACCGUGUGGGACGUGGGCGGUCAGGACAAGAUCCGGCCUCUGUGGCGCCACUACUUCCAGAACACGCAAGGUCUCAUCUUUGUGGUCGACAGCAAUGACCGAGAGCGUGUGAACGAGGCCCGAGAGGAGCUCAUGCGGAUGCUGGCAGAGGACGAGCUCAGGGAUGCUGUCCUGCUCGUGUUCGCAAACAAGCAGGACCUUCCCAAUGCCAUGAACGCGGCCGAGAUCACGGACAAGCUGGGCCUGCACUCACUGCGCCACAGGAACUGGUACAUUCAGGCCACCUGUGCCACCAGUGGGGACGGGCUCUAUGAGGGACUGGACUGGCUGUCCAAUCAGCUCCGGAACCAGAAGUGAGCCGCACUCUUCUCUCCCCCCUCACUCCCUCCUCCACCCUCGCUUUCCUCUCAUGUGGCAGCCGUGCCCCUGUGGUGUGAGUGCCAGAAGCUGUCUCCAUGGUCGGUCCCAGUGUGCUUCACCAUGCUGUACAUGUGCAGACGCAGCCUGCAGCCGGGUUUUUAUUUAAUGUAAAUAGUUCUUGUUUCCAAUGAGGCAGUUUCUGGUACUCCUAUGCAAUAUUACUCAGCUUUUUUUAUUGUAAAAUGAGAAUCAACCCACUAUCUAGUACUGAGAAGGGAUUUUAGGCACCCGGGGGCCUCUAGGAGUCGCUGUCAGAUCAGUCCAGCGCUCCUCCUCUGGGCUUUAGAUCUGUGUUGAGAUCCAUUUUGAUGGUUGGUUUUUAACCCAAACUCAGUGCAUUUUUUAAAAUAGUACAAAUACAAGAUAAAGAGACACUUGAACACAGAAGGGAGAAAUGUGCCUAGUGUAGGUUCUGCAGUAAUGGCUUGAGUCCAGUCUACUCGUGGUCUCUCCCGUCUGGAGCAUGUGGUGGGCAGAACCAGCCACAAAACAUUCUGCAUGGUCACUUACGGUCCCUGAAUGGCUGUCUCACUGGGUCUUCCGCAUCCCAUAGCGUUUGCUUGUACCUGUGCUUACACCACUGCCCUGGGGAAGGGCAGGGGCCUGUGGCCACCACUCACGGAUCCCUUGGAGGGACCCCGGCCUUCCCUUGGGUUGGUGUAGGUGCUUUGGUGGGAUCACUCUGGCCAGAGCAGGAGCCCUCCCAUGUUCCCAUGCACGCUCAGUCGCUCCAGGUUGUCUGGGUCUUACCGUAGGAGCGCGGACAGGUGACCGGUCAUCUUAGAGCCUAGCUCCUCAGAGCCCCCGUCCACAUGUGCUUUCACUCCCUCAGCCUGCAAGGGUCAGAUUUGACAUCAAAAUCAACAACCUCUACUUUUUUCUUUUGUAUUUUGAUAAACACUGAAGAAGCUGGAGCUGUUAAACUUUAUCUUGGGGGAAACCUCAGAACUGGUUUAUCUGGUGUCGUGGAACCUCUUACUGCUUUCAAUACACAAUUAGUAAUCAACUGUUUUUGUAUACUUGUUUUCAGUUUUCAUUUCGACAAACAAGCACUGUAAUUAUAGCUAUUAGAAUAAAAUCUCUUAACUAUU